AUGGACAAUGGGAAUGGAGCUGAGGAGGACCGUAAUGAAAAUGAUGCUGUUGGUGAUAAUGAAAACGUCGUAAUUCCUCCCAGACUGAACGCCUACUCAUUAGAUGUUCGUAUCAGGCGACUUGAUGAGUACCAUGAGCUGAACAUUGCAAGGCCAAAUGGGAUUACUCCUUCAGAAUAUGGACAGCUACGUGGCAUUCCCCGAAGGACCAUUGCGCGAUGGAUACAGGAGGAGGAUGAAUUGCGCGACAGACACCGAGAAUCCACAUACAGAUUGCGACAGAUGCAAAGGCUAAGGCAACAUGGAAUUGAUGGCACAGGUAGAUGGCCAGAGGAAGAGAGACUCUUAAAUGAUUGGUUCCUACAGCGUCGAGAACAUGGUCUUCCAAUAGCUGGGAGUGACCUGAUGUUCCAGGGUGAACGGUUCUUCAACAUUUGGUGGCACGAUCUUCCUGAGGAACAGAGGGAACAUUGGAUGGAACUGCGCCCUCAUCUAAUACCAUUUUCAGCAUCAAGUGGAUGGUUACAAGGUUUCUUGACUCGUCAUGGUAUUAGCUACAGGAAGACUUGCAAAGACUCCACAUCAAUACCGCUCAAUGCUGCAGAGUUGGUAACGGCAUCUCAAAAUAAGGUCCGAAACAUUAUCAAUGAUAAUGGAAUACAGAUUAUCGUCAACAUGGAUGAAACUUUUGUUCUUUGGGACAUGGCACCCACGUACACGUACUCUUUGCAAGGUUUGAAACAAGUGGACAUACGAACUUCGCGAGGAAAUGCAAAAUUAGGGUGUACGGUGACUUUAGCGAUGACUGCGUGUGGGAGAAAACUCCCUGCAAGUAUAAUUUUCAAGGGUCUGCGCGAUGAUGGUCCAGAAAUCGCUCGACUUCGGGCAACUGCCCCCAAUGGUGUGCGGGUAACGGGCUCGCAAACAGGCUGGGCAAGUUGGCAGACACUUAUUGCUUGGGUAAAUGAUUGCCUCAUACCGUUUGUGGGAGACAACUUUCCAUUCCUCCUAAUUUGGGACAUGUUCCCAGCGCACCGGCAUCAACAAGUGCGUGACGAUGUAGAGGACGCUCCCGGGUUCAUAGGGCUGAUACCAGGGACAUGUACCUCACUGGUACAACCUUUGGAUCUGACCAUCAUCCGCAGCUUCAAAUGUACAAUUAGACGCCUAUGGAAGGAGUGGAAAAUUGAGAACAAUGGCAUUCAUGGUCGUUCCCCGCAGAUCACCAGGGAUGCUGUAAUUCAGAUGUAUCAACUGCCUGGGAGAGAAGUGCCCCCGAAGCAAUCAAUACAGCAUGGAGAGUGA